GCAAGAAAUCGGAGCAGCUUCUGUUCGGAAGAUUUUCGUUAUACCCGAGGACAAGACCGUCUUUUAAGGUUUCACUUUCGCGGAAGGGAGUAUCUUAUCAAAACAUUGACGAAAGUGACGAGAAAGACCAAUGUGUCAGACAUAUAAAUAUGGGUGAUAUUGUCGGUUGCCGGUGCAGAAGAUCAAAAACGGCAGACGACUCCACAGCAUAUUUAACAAUAUACGCAUACCCAUUUCGGAAACGGACAAUGAGUUCUAAGUUAACUCGAAUUCGUAUGGAUUUUACAUUUGGAUGUAAUGCAUCACCUUCAUUUGACGACAAUAUCAGAACAUGUGCAGUGUGGAGAAAUGUUGUGACUCGUUUGGCAAGGGGCCAAGAUGUAGCGAUGGCAGAGGUUGAGACAUGUACAUUACCAGAGUCAAAGCGCCUACUGAUCCUCAUCAACCCACACAGUGGUCCUGGUAAAGCCCAGCAGAUCUUUGAAAAGGAAGUGGUCCCAAUGCUGAACGAGGCAAAUGCAGAUUAUGAAGUUAAGAUUACAGAACAUGCUGGUCAUGCUACAGAAAUCAUGCUCAAUUUGGAUCUGUCUGUGUGGUAUGCUGUUAUUAUUGUAUCUGGGGACGGACUGAUAUAUGAGACUAUCAAUGGCCUGAUGAAGCGACCAGACUGGGAAAGGGCUAUCCAGUUUCCAGUUGGGUGUUUACCGGGUGGCUCAGGAAAUGCUCUCUGUUGGACCAUCAAUUACUUAGCUGGGGAGCCAGUAGGGGAUGAGAUGGUUCUUCACUCAACAUUCAUACUGCUGAAACAUCGUGUGAUUCCUAUGGACCUAGUGGUGAUUCAACUACCAACGAUGCAAGUCUUCUCCUUCCUGUCUGUCGCUUGGGGUAUGAUCGCUGACAUCGACUACGAGAGUGAAAAGCUUCGGGCAUUUGGAGCAGCUCGCUUCACUAUCUAUGCAUUGAUCAGAAUUCUCAGACCUCGUAGCUACAAAGGGGAGUUGGCUUUUCUGCCAAAAGGUCGUUACACUCCAAAGACACAACAGACAAUUGCCAAGAACAACAUACGUCGAACGGCCAGUCGUGAAGCGGCAGGGUCUGUUUGUGAAAAUGGGGUAAUAGGGACCUACCGCACUAUAUCAGAGGACAGUGAGCGACUACGAUCAGCUUCUGUGCCUGUGAUGCCAAUAACCAGCAGUAAACACAAAUAUGCUCAGGACAAUUUAGGUAUGGUGUUUGACGAGACAGUGAAGGAAGAUAAUCUUUCUGAUGUCAAUGGGCAUUCCAGUGGUCACCUUGAUGAUCAUAAAGAGGCAAAUUGGAUGGGUGCGUCGGACAUGAGCUGUGAUACAGAAAUAGGUGGUGCCAAUGGACCUGUUAAUCACUUAAAAUCGGAUGACAAUCAGGAUCCCUCACAAGCUUCAGGCAGUUCCCCUUAUAGUCCCAAUGUGUCUUGCUCCCUCCUGCCUCCCUUGGAUAAACCUGUUCCUGCUCACUGGGUGAAAGUGAAAGGAGAUUUUCUCACUGUUCUUGCUACAUAUCAGCCCUAUCUGGGCCCCGACAACCUGUUCGCCCCUGAUGCCAGACUAAAUGAUGGUUGCAUCCACCUGUUGUUCAUUCGUGCAGGUAUCACAAAGAAGACUUUGCUUGAUAUUUUUCUUUCUAUAGAUGAAGGUAACCACAUCAACUCUCCUUAUGUUGAAUAUGUGAAGGUGUCAGCAUUUCGACUGACACCAGAUGAUUUGUCAGUUGGGAAUCUGAUGGUGGAUGGAGAGCAUGUUGACAUGGCACCAAUUCAGGGUCAAAUAUUUCCUCAAAUGGGUCGUAUUAUGGGUAUUCAGUAGUGGGAGAUGUAUUCAGAAAACAGAUGGGACCUAAGAGAAAAAAACAAACACCUUUAGUUAAUAUCGGUGUAUGGCUAUAUAGUUGUACACUUUGUAUGUUAAUUCUAAUUUAUAAACUUUUCUCAAAUUCUGGUUCUAUAUAUGACUUAACCAUUACACAACAUUUACGAAAUGUUAAUGGGCUUUGUCUUUUGUAGAACUUCUAUUUGAGUGUGUCAUAGGCUAAAGAAUAUACAUUUGAUUGUAUAUAUAAAAAAAGAUAAUAUAUUUUAUUAUUUUUAUAGAGAUUCUGCUUUAACAAGCGUUUUUCUACAUACUGCCAUCUAAAAUUUAAAUGCCACUUAACGUGUGAUAGAUUCCAAACAUUCUUAGUGAUUGUGCAUACAAAACAUAUAAUGAUUGGUGCAUAUGUAUUGUAUGUAAUGUUUACAAUGUGAUCACAAAAUCAAAUUAGCAAAUGAUCUCCCUUGAAUGUUUUGUAUUGCGGAGUUCAUCACUCUCACAGUUGAAUGUUUGUGUGUGUGACUGAAAAAGUGCUAGGUGUACUGCCACUAUCUACCUGGUACCUGUAUCAGGAUUGUUUUCAUUGUGUAGAAUGUCACUGAAUGUGAAAAGUGAACUGAAUGUAUACAUUACUAAAUAAUGUUUGUAUAAGUGUACAAAAAUUAUGUAUGUAAUUUCGAUGAUUCUGCACAAUUAAUGAAUUUGUUUAUUUUUAGAACUAGUUGUCAGCUCCCUUGCUAUAAAAAGUCCCAUUCUAUUGUAGCAUCUGUCAUCUGUACAUUUAUCAGCUUUUUCUUUAAAUGAACCAGUUAGCUUAAAUAAUGUUUAACAUUAGGUACUGAGUCCACAGGAACUUGGCACUUAAAUAAUGUUUAACAUUAGGUACUGAGUCCACAGGAACUUGGCACAAAUUCUCCACCAUGGUUUGUGGAAUGAUAUGUAGUUAUAAACUCUCUAAAAUUAUUAAUGUCCCAGAAGGUAGAGAGUUGUAGCAAUUCAGAUGAAUCUGCCAAUGGAUACAUAUGUACAUGUAUAUACAAGGUCUCACCAAAAAUCUCGGUUUUAUGUGUGCAUAAAAACGGUGAGCCAACACAGAUUCAUUCAAUGGUCCAAUCUAUCGGAGAGCACUGUUGACAUGUUUCUGCUAUAGGGUAGCUGUCUCAGACCAACAAUGGUCAUGUUCUGAUGAUGGCUACCCUAUAGCUGAAACAUGUCAACAACUCUCCAAUAUAUCGGACCAUUGAAUGAAUCUCUGUGUUGGGCUCACCGUUUUUUAUGCACACAAACUCCCUAAAAGAGCAAACGACAAUUUUUUUAAAUAUAUGCAUAUAUAUUGUACAUGUACUGUAUAUUGACUAUUGGUUGGGUAUUUGUGCCAAUUAAGUCCAUGAUAAAUUGUCUUCCAGUGGGAAAACCAGAUAUACUAUAUACUAUGCAGUCAAUGUCACAGCAAGCUUGAUUUCUCACAUAUGCAUGCAAAAUGUAUGCGUCAUAGCUAAUUAAUUUUAUGUGAAAGGUUAAUCAAAGAUAAGUUUGAUAUGCACCUAACAGAAAGGCCUUCCUUCUACAAAUGUUGGUUAAGUUGCAGUACAUGAUCAUACAAGUGAAUUGUGCUUAAAGAGCAUUAAACUGCGUUUUGUGAUAGGCUUUGUUGACAAAGCUUUGGAAAAAUAAUUAUCCUUUUAAUUGAAAUUUUUGUGAGAACCAUAGGGCCUACAAUGAUUUUCUUCCUGAGGCAUAGUUAUCAUAUUUAUCAAUAUAAAUGACCUGGACAUUUUCACGGACUAUCACGUGUAUACAUAUAGGGCGUAUUUAUAGAUCUUAAAUAUUCAUACUAGUGAUAUCUGGUUCUCUUGAAUUAUGUAAAUACAAAUGUACAUUUAUCUAAUUUAAUUAUCAUGUGAAAAUGAAAUCACAGACAAAUGAAGUGGAAGGUAUUUUUUGUAUUAACCAAGAGGUGGAGAUAUCUAAUAUUAUGUAGUGUAGUUGCCAUUAGUAUGCUUGCACAUUAGUAUGUACAGUGUAGUGGUUAGGGUAGAGAGUUAAUCUGCACACCAGUAUAUAUAGCUCAAUCAUUGUCUUUCAUUGUUAAUGCUGUUAUAAGUUUAUUUAUUUGUGCUUGAUUUUAUUUUGGAUGUAUUUGUUUGUAUGAUCUAGAGACAUGUCCUAUCUGAACUCGUUAGGGUUUGAUUGAGUUUCUUACAAGUCAGCGGUCAUAUCAUUAGCUACUGUUGUAGUUGAAAAGUAUUUGACACUCUUUUUCCUUGCAUCAGAUUUGGUUUAUAAUUACACCAUAGUAUCAUAGCAUCAAGUUGUACCCCUGAUCACAUACUGGUGGUCUUUCGUCAAGAUUGGGACACAAUUUAUUCUGUACCAUUCUUUGAUGUCAUAUGUUUACAAAAUAACAUAUCAUAACACAAAGUCCUUUACUUAGGAGCAUGGACAUUCAUUUUGUAGUUACUAGUCAAGUAAAAGUAUCCUUAGAACUAAUUAUAUGGAUUUCUUUGCCUACAGUUUGUGAGGAUUGUGGCCUACAGUUUUGAGGAUUGUAGCCUUCAGUUUGUGAGGAUUGUGGCCUAGAGUUUGUGAGGAUUGUGGCCUAGAGUUUGUGAGGAUUGUGGCCUAGAGUUUGUGAGGAUUGUGGCCUAGAGUUUGUGAGGAUUGUAGCCUUCAGUUUGUGAGGAUUGUGGCCUAGAGUUUGUGAGGAUUGUGGCCUACAGUUUGUGAGGAUUGUGGCCUACAGUUUGUGAGGAUUGUGGCCUAGCUGAGUUUGUGAGGAUUGUGGCAUAGAGUGUGUGAGGAUUGUGGCAUAGAGUGUGUGAGGAUUGUGGCAUAGAGUGUGUGAGGAUUGUAGCCUUCAGUUUGUGAGGAUUAUGGCUUACAGUUUGUGAGGAUUGUGGCCUACAGUUUGUGAGGAUUGUGGCCUAGCUGAGUUUGUGAGGAUUGUGGCAUAGAGUGUGUGAGGAUUGUGGCAUAGAGUGUGUGAGGAUUGUGGCCUACAGUUUAUGAGGAUUGUACUGUUCAGUUUAUGAG